UAGUACUGUAUCCGUUGUUAGAUCCCUAGUUAUGACCGACACCUAUAUUUUUUUGAUUGACUUGCAAAAAUAAUAUUUUUUAUAGUACGACCAACAUGGCUUCAUAUGUUCGAGCAUUAUAUGAAUUUUCCGGAGAGCCUGGUACAUCAGAAAUAUCUAUUUCUGUUGGGGAUGUUUUGCAAGUGACUCGCACUGACGUGGGGGAAGGGUGGUGGGAAGGGAAAAAUAAAAACACGGGAAGUGUAGGACUAUUCCCUGCAGCAUAUGUGGAAGUAAUGUCAGCUGUGGAAGCAAAACACCACCAACAACCUCACGUUUCACAAUCAGUUUCUGAUAGCCACCAUAACACUGGAAGAUAUGACUCAACGGCUGAUGACUAUAACGACGGCGAUGACUGGGAGGAUGAUUGGGAUGAUGACAAUGACACAUACUCCGAAAUUGGCCCUAGCAACAGCAUAAAUUCUAAAAUCACGGACAAACCAUUUCCGCACUCCGGUAGCAAUUAUGAUAAUAGACAUUUGCCAGCCACGCCAAACGAAGAUAAUUCCCUACCUGCAACAUUGUCUGGAAAUAACACUUCAACAUUAAAAAAAUCUAGUAUGUUUGGUAAAAGUUCGGAUUCUUUUAUACUCGGUCUUGGCAAUAAAGACAAAUUACCGGAUAAUGAGUUGGUUAAAAUUGUUCCUAACGACACCUAUUAUCAGUGGCAAACAAAUGAAGGUCAUUCAUAUUCCGUUAUUGUUGCCAGUCCCAAAAAGGAGUCAAAAUUUAAGGGAAUGAAAACAUUUAUUGCAUAUCAAUUAACUCCCAGCUUUAACAACAUAUCUGUUUCCCGUCGGUACAAGCAUUUUGAUUGGUUGCACGAGCGACUUGUAGAUAAGUUUUGUUUGAUACCUAUUCCACCUUUGCCAGAUAAACAAAUCUCAGGAAGAUAUGAGGAACAAUUCGUUGAACAUCGACGCGUUCAACUUCAAGAAUUUGUAGACUGGGUAUGUAGACACCCAGUACUUUCUAAAUGUGAAGUCUGGUAUCAUUUUUUAACGUGCACGGAUGAAAAAGUGUGGAAACUGGGCAAAAGAAAAGCGGAGCGCGAUACAUAUGUUGGUAUAACAUAUUGUUGGGCAAUAUCUCCCCCGGAGAAGCAGUUGCUACAAUCCUUCGUUGAUUCUCAGAUGGAUAGUUGCUCACAUUUUAUUCAUAUGAUGGAUGUGUCUGUACGAAAUUUGCUGGCUAUAUCAAAUGAUAUGGCAAAAAAAUGUCAAUCGCAAUCAAAAAAAGAAUUUCAACGAAUUGGUGAUGGAUUUUCGGAUUUAUCAAAGUCUCUUGCUAUAGACGAAAGACGUGUCCCAUCAGGUAAUAAGUCACUUGCGGAUUCCGUGUCCAAAGUAGGGGAUAUUUUUUGCACAAUUGGCCAACAUUUCGGAGAUCAACCCAAGCUAGAUUGGAUUCCAUUUUCGGAUCGUUUACACAUAUAUAGGGGAAUACUUAACUCUUUCCCUGAUAUUUUGUCCACGCACAAAGGAGCUAUGCAGAAGAGAAAGGAAUGUGAACGUCUUGCAGCAGAACAGAAGAUGAGUAAUUCACAAAUGGUAGAUGUAAAUCGUCGUACUGAUAUUGUGUCUUAUGCUGUUAUGGCUGAAAUGACACAUUUUCGAAAUGAACGGGAAAUCCAUCUGAAACAAACUUUAAAGUCUUUGAUAGAGGAGCAAAUUAAAUUCUAUACUGAUAUUGUUUCCAAGCUACAAGAUGCAUACGCACAAUUUAAUUGAACAUAAUAAGUUAAAAAUAUUAUUGCAAUGUGUUGAAACAUGUUUAUUCCAAUUUUUAUUUAAGAGGUAUACAUAUUUAUAGUGGUAUUAUUCGCACAUUUUUAUAGCAUACUUAUCAAAAUGUACGUAUAUGUUAUCGUAUAAAAUAAAACCAAUAAAAAAUAACAGAAUUUUCACUAAA